GGCAGUGGCGGGAGCAGCCUCGCUCUGGUCCCUGCGGCUGGCGGCCGAGCCGUGUGUCUCCUCCUCCGCCGCCGCCAUAUUGUCUGUGUGAGGAGAGGGGAGCGCGGCCGCUAGCGCUGCCGCUUCCACCACAGUUUGAAGAAAACAGUUCUGAAACAAAGUCUUCGCCCACCCCACAGCUGCCUCUGAACACAGUGACUGCCAGAUCUCCAAACAUCAAGUUCAGCUUUGUUCGCCAACCUGUCUGACAUGUCGGGACCCGUGCCAAGCAGGGCCAGAGUUUACACAGAUGUUAAUACGCACAGACCCCGAGAGUACUGGGAUUACGAGUCACAUGUGGUGGAAUGGGGAAAUCAAGAUGACUACCAACUGGUUCGAAAAUUAGGCCGGGGUAAAUAUAGUGAAGUAUUUGAAGCCAUCAACAUCACAAAUAAUGAAAAAGUUGUUGUUAAAAUUCUCAAGCCAGUAAAGAAGAAGAAAAUUAAGCGUGAAAUAAAGAUUUUGGAGAAUUUGCGAGGCGGUCCCAACAUCAUCACACUAGCAGACAUUGUAAAAGACCCUGUGUCACGAACUCCCGCCUUGGUUUUUGAACAUGUAAACAACACAGACUUCAAGCAAUUAUACCAGACGUUAACAGACUAUGAUAUUCGGUUUUACAUGUAUGAGAUUCUGAAGGCCCUGGAUUAUUGUCAUAGCAUGGGAAUUAUGCACAGAGAUGUGAAGCCCCAUAAUGUCAUGAUUGAUCAUGAGCACAGAAAGCUACGGCUAAUAGACUGGGGUUUAGCUGAGUUUUACCAUCCUGGCCAAGAAUAUAAUGUCCGAGUUGCUUCUCGAUACUUCAAAGGUCCUGAGCUACUUGUAGACUAUCAGAUGUACGAUUAUAGUUUGGAUAUGUGGAGCUUGGGCUGUAUGCUGGCAAGUAUGAUUUUUCGGAAGGAGCCAUUUUUUCAUGGACAUGACAAUUAUGAUCAGUUGGUGAGGAUAGCCAAGGUUCUGGGGACAGAAGAUUUAUAUGACUAUAUUGACAAAUACAACAUUGAAUUAGAUCCACGUUUCAAUGAUAUCUUGGGCAGACACUCCCGUAAGCGAUGGGAACGCUUUGUCCACAGUGAAAACCAGCACCUUGUCAGCCCUGAGGCCUUGGAUUUCCUGGACAAGCUGCUGCGAUACGACCACCAGUCACGGCUCACCGCAAGAGAAGCCAUGGAACACCCCUAUUUCUACACUGUUGUGAAGGACCAGGCUCGAAUGGGCUCAUCUAACAUGCCAGGAGGCAGUACGCCUGUCAGCAGCGCCAAUAUGAUGACAGGGAUUUCUUCAGUGCCAACCCCUUCACCCCUCGGACCUCUGGCAGGCUCACCAGUGAUUGCUGCUGCCAACCCCUUGGGAUGCCUGUUCCGGCUGCCGCUGGCGCUCAGCAGUAAUGGCCCCUUCUGUCUCCUGAUGCCUGAGCAGAGGUGGGGAGGAGGGUUGUUGUAAAUCAAGACUUCACAUCCUACCUUUGUAGCUCAGAGAAUCUAGGUGUAGCAGAGGCUGAUGUGAGGAGCUGCAGACAGCUGAACCUCCUAACACGCAUCAGACCUUGCAAGAAACUGAAGGUAAAUGCAGAGGACUCUGAAAUGCCACCCAAGAGCCUUUUAAAAGAAACAAACUUUUUAAAAAUGCUAAUUAAGGAGUCACUGCAAAAGCAUGAAAAAAAGACCCAAUUGGGUGGGUGGGGGGCAAGGGUUUACAGAGUAACAACUUCUUUGUUGUAAAUUACCUCAUCUGUAUACCUUGUAUUGGGACACUUUAUUUCUCAGCACUACCUGUGUCUGCAUUGAUCAGAUUGCAGGAGAUGGAAUGCCAAUAUAAGACAGUUGUGUUGGCAAUUACUCUGAAAGGUUUUUUAGUAUUUUUAAACUUUGUUUGAAGUGGGCUCCCCCUCUCCCCAUUUUUUUUUUAAGUUUGAAGUCAGAAGUUCCCCCUCUCCCCCUUGAUUUAUUGGUUGUAAUUGUAUUGUAAUUGGUAUAACUAAAACAUAACUGUGCUGGGAAGAAGUUGUGCCAUGAAGGUCUUUAAAUUUUUUUUUAAUAAAAACAUUUAAACAAAUGAAAUGUC